GGGCAAUGGGCAGGCCCCGGGCCUGGGAGGGGAAGGGUAGGGGACACAGCAGAACGGGACCAUGGGUGCCUGCUGCUCCUCGGAAAACCUCCGCAGUGAGGAAGACUCUAAGGCCAGAGAGAAGCUGAAGAAAACCAAGAUCAUCUUCGUGGUGGGCGGGCCUGGCUCGGGGAAGGGCACCCAGUGUGAGAAGAUUGUCCAGAAGUACGGCUACACCCACCUCUCCACCGGGGACCUCCUUCGGGCCGAGGUCAGCUCGGGCUCGGCCAGGGGCAAGAUGCUGUCGGAAAUCAUGGAGAAGGGGCAGCUGGUGCCACUGGAGACAGUGCUGGACAUGCUCCGAGAUGCCAUGAUGGCCGCGGUGGAUACUUCCAAAGGCUUCCUGAUCGAUGGCUACCCUCGGGAGGUGCAGCAGGGGGAGGAGUUUGAGCAGAGGAUCGGACAGCCCACGCUGCUGCUGUACGUGGACGCAGGCCCCGAGACCAUGACCAAGCGGCUCCUGAAGCGGGGCGAGACCAGUGGGCGCGUGGACGACAACGAGGAGACCAUCAAGAAGCGGCUGGACACCUACUACAAGGCCACGGAGCCCGUCAUCACCUUCUAUGAGAAGCGUGGCAUCGUGCGCAAGGUCAACGCCGAGGGCUCCGUGGACAGCGUCUUCUCCCAGGUCUGCACCCACCUGGACGCCCUCAAGUAGCAGCGCCGGAGCCCCUUCCCCAGCUCGGAGCCCAGCCCCACCCCUGUCCUGACGCAGGAGUCCUGGCCCCAGCUCAGCGCCUCCGCCCUGCCCGGCUGGAGCACAGACAGAGGAAGCCGCGUUAUCCUGUUUUCACGGACAGCUGAGCACUAAAGGAAUUUCCGAGGACA